AUGGUGUUCUCCGACACGGUACUCUUUUUUGUUAUGACAAUGAACAAGGAAACACAUGUCUUUUGAUUCUUCCUAUUCACGAUUAUAAUAUCUCUUUAUAUCCAAAAGAAGGAAAACUCGAUGCUGAAUUAUAUGGAAGAACCAUGGCGAUCUCUUUGGUACCCAAGAAACAGGAUAAUCAAGCUUCAAUUUAUUAUUUAUCCUGUCGACGGCCUACUGAUAAGGAGGACUGGUAUCUGGCUUUGAUGUCUGCAGCUCGGUUACUUUCUGAAGACGAUCCAAAAGAUGCACACCAUAUCGAUUGGUACGAUACAGCUAUGUUUGAACCUUCGGCAAUGAUAAAACUACAAAAUAUUCUGGAUGGAUCACCUGCAAUGGAGGAAGCUCGAUGGUGGAACGCAUUGAUGGGUAGAUUAUUUUUGGGGGUUUACAGAACUGAUAAUUGGAACAAUAUGUGGCAUCAAAAGAUGAUAAACAAGCUGGAUAAACUGAAUACCUUUCAACAACAACCUCUUCACUAUUUGGGUACUCGUGGCAAUGGCGAAAGUCAAAAUAAUGGAAAACGCACACUCAUGACUUUAUCACCUUUUCAGUUGCAACAAAUCUCUAUGGGUGAUACUAUUCCUUGUUUAACAGAACCACGACUAGUAGAAUGUGAACCUGAUGGAAAUUGUGUCAUCCAUGCCCAAGUACAAUAUAAAGGUGAUUUUCUCUUGGUGAUUCGAACGGAUUUUUAUUACCUUUGGCCUGGUUUAGCUUCUUCUUUGGCUUUUGAAAAGAAAAGAAAAUCAUCAUUUAAAUCUUCUUCUGAUUCUGAUUCAACAAAUACUUCUUCUCCUGGUUCGCUUCCUUUGGUGCUAUCAGUCAAGUUACGACAAUGCAGUGGAACUCUUGUUUUCAAAGUCAAACCUCCUCCUUCCAAUAGAGUAUGGAUUGCUUUUGAAGAAAUGCCAGAAAUGGAUUGGGAAGUCAAACCUAUCGUUUUGGAUAAACAAAUCAAAUGGUCAGUGGUCAUCAAUCUAAUUCAAGCCAAAAUCAAGGAACUGGUCGCAGAUAACUUGGUGAUGCCUAAUAUGGAAGAUGUGCCUUUUACUGAUUCUGAAGGAAUGGGAGGGAUUUUUGGUCAACGUGCUCCUGUCAUAGAUCCAACAAUAAUGACUGAUGAUAUCGAUACGAAAAUGAAUGAUAACAAUUCUAUGGAGGAUGUGGAUAGUAACGAAAAACAAUUACAACAACAAGAACAACAACAAGAACAAGAACAACAAGAACAACGACGAAGAUCAACAAUAUCAAAGGUUUUACAAGGUUAUGUGGAUAAGAUCAUGGCACCUCAGAUCUUAUUAGCGGCUUUCUACCCUGUACCCACUGAAGCACCGGAAAUGUGAAGGAUCAAAUGUUAUGGAUGAAUUGUACUUUAGAAUAGUGUACUUUACAAUGGAUAUCCUUUUAUGUUUUAUUUUUAUAUAUUUGAUUGUCAUUUUAGGUGCAAACCAUAGCGAUAUACCUUUGUUAUUGACUAUACCGAUUUAUUAUCUUUUUAAAUAAAAAUUGAAUGAUUUUGGUGAUUACACUUUUUUUUUUUUUUUUU